UCUUUCUGCAGCUGCUGCAACACUUGUGACAUUGAAUUGGGUUAAGUGCAGAUAUUUUCGUUAAAUAUGGCUACAUUAAUCAGGAAGAUCAUCAGCACAAGUAAGGCUCCUGCUGCCAUCGGACCGUACAGUCAAGCGGUGUUGGUAGAUCGGACCAUGUACAUCUCCGGACAGCUGGGGAUGGACCCCGCUAGCGGUCAGCUGGUGGACGGUGGCGUUCAGGCCCAAACCAGACAGGCUCUUGUGAACAUGGGUGAAAUCCUUAAAGCUGCUGGUUGUGGUUAUGAGAACGUUGUGAAAACCACGGUGCUCUUAGCCGACAUGAACGACUUCACUAAUGUCAAUGAUGUUUACAAGCAGUUUUUCAGCAGCAGCUUCCCAGCUCGAGCUGCCUACCAGGUCGCUGCUCUGCCCAGAGGUGGACUGGUUGAGAUCGAGCGGUUGCCGUCCUGGGGCCUCUGACAGACGCAUCCUAAC